CAAAAUUUAAUCGCAGUAUGAUUUUGAAAUUUGAAUGUAUAAAAAGUGUGCUGUGGAAUUAGUUCAACUUCGAUAUUUUAUUAAAUAAAAUCAUUGAUAGAAAUCCUUUUUUUAUUCUCUGUUGAGUGUUCGGAAUUGUUUUCAAUACAAUUUUAUCACAACAAUGCAUAAGUGUAUAUUGAUUGCAUAUGUUAUUUUUUGUAUAACUAGUUUAAAUCGAUGUGCUGGAGAUUCGCAUACAUAUACAAAUGUAUUAUCCAGUGACGAUGAUAAUAAAUUUUUUGAGCGUACUCUCUUCACCAGGAACACAACAGUUCCAAAAUCUUAUGUGGUCACUUUCAAGUAUAUUACAAGUACAUUUGAUGGUUUCAUCAACCAAGCUGUGAUUCAUUCCAAUGCACAGAAUACGACCGGCCAUUUGGAUCUAACUCAUGUUGACAAUCGUGGAGCAUAUGACAUAAACAUUCCUGAUCAACAUAUAAAUGCUGAAAUAAAUAUUCCAAAUGCAACGAAUUUCAAUGUUGGUGUUGAGCUGAGCAGGUCAUCCCUCUUCGAGGCCUCGAAUUUUGGACAUUUUGCUCUACUUAGAAUCACUCGGCCAAAAAGCUACGCCUUAAUUUGUUCCACACCUGAGAAAAAAAAUACAAAGUACCGAGAAUGGAUGUUCGGAGAGCGAAAGGAUGGAGAUACAAUUUUAUAUGCACGCAAAAAGAGUGGUAAAUUCUUGGGUAAAUUUCAAUACAUCGAGUAUGAAGAUUCUAAUGUGAUCUUUACAGCAGCUGUAAUUAAAUUAAACUCAAAAAAUGCCGCAGUUUUUCCACAAAAAGUCCGUCUGACAAAACAUAGAUUCUAUGCCACGAUCUAUGACCUCAAUCGUGGUAAUAUCGCUCAUAUUGCUCUUAUCUAUGGCUACAGAACUUAAAAAGGCUAAAUUUGGAAUGCUUUUCGUAUAAAAUUGUUUUCUUCUCAUCAGCAAAAAAAAUAAAUAAUCUUACAAUACUUCA